AUGACCCUAUCAUUCCGUGUCAAUCCCGAGUACGCGGCUAUGUCAGAAAUCGUGCCGGGAUUAUUCAUUUGUGGAGUUUCCGCACUGUCCAAAGAAGAAAUGAAGAAACACAAGAUCACACAUAUCAUCAACGCGACCACAGAGGUGCCAAAUUUGAGAAGUCUCGGAGACAUCCAGAGAACCAAAUUGUGGCUGGAGGACACCGCGCAGACAUACAUCUACCCACAUCUGGAAUUGCAGUCUGAUCAGAUUCAGGCACUGAUCGCAGAUGGUGGAAAGGUGUUGGUACAUUGUGUCGCAGGAGUCUCGAGAUCUGCGUCGAUUUGUUUGGCGUUUUUGUUGAAAUAUAGAUGCCGAAAUCUUCGGGAAGCUUAUCACUUGAUGAAAUCAAAACGAGUAAUGGUUCGACCGAAUCUUGGUUUCUGGAGACAAUUGAUCGCUUAUGAACAGAACGUGAAAGAAAACGCCGGUUCAGUGAGACUAGUCAGAGAUGAAGCUCAACCGGAACAACUCCUUCCCGACGUCUAUUUGAAUAUUGCGAUUCCAGCAAGACCAGCGAGCCCUGAACAGGACCCCAAUAUGAUCCCAGAUGAGCCGAGAGAACGGCGGAAUUCUGGAUUUAAGAACAAGUUCCAACCCGUGCUUGAACCAGUCAUGGAGAUGGCCGAAGCUGUUUGUUAA